AUGGUGGAGGUGGAAAAGCUGAAAAUAAGUCCAUAUUUGUGCGUUUCGGAUAGUAGUUUGAAAGAGAUUACGAUGGAGACCGAUGGUGUCAUUUUCCGCGGUGAUCGUAUUUUAGUUCCGCACGUUCUGCGGCGGAAGCUGAUAGACAAAUGUCAUGUCAGCCAUAAUGGAUUGGAAGCCACUCUAAAACUCGCCAGGGCCAAUUUGUUCUGGCCAGGAAUGUCUUCGCAGAUUAAAGAUGUCCUUAAACAAUGUGCCACUUGCUCUAAGUUCGCCCCGUCGCAGCCGAAUCCUCCACUAAUGAGCCAUUCCAUUCCAGUAUAUCCAUUUCAGCUGGUUUCUAUGGAUGUGUUUUUCGCCGAGAACCAAGGUGCUAAACUUAAACUUCUAGUCACUGUUGACCAUUAUUCGGAUUUUUUUGAAGUGGAUGAGUUACAAGACCUGACACCGGACUCCGUCAUCAAAGCGUGCAAACGAAAUUUUGCACGUCAUGGACUACCUCAGCGGGUGAUUUUUGAUAACGGUACGAACUUUGUCAACGCGAAAAUGUUGACCUUCGCUCGCGAAUGGGAUUUUGAGGUGGUAACUUCAGCUCCCCAUCAUCAACAAGCCAACGGUGGAUCGGAGGCUGCCGUGAAAAUUGCCAAACGGUUGCUUAAAAAAGCAAACGAAUCAGGAGUUGAAUUUUGUUACGCACUCCUGCAUUGGAGGAAUAUUCCAAAUAAGAUUGGAUCAAGUCCAGCAGCUCGUUUAUUUUCUACGCGUUGUGGAGUACCGUCGUCGGCAAUGCGCCUAUUUCCAAACGUUAUCAGAGAUGUUCCUGCGGCAAUAGAACUGAACCGAAAGUCCUACAAAUAUCACUAUGAUAAAAGGACUCGUGUAUUACCAGAUUUGCAGAUCGGCUCACCUGUGUAUGUCCAAUUACAUCCGGAAAAAUCCAAACAGUGGACUCCUGGAAAAGUUUCAAACCACUUUAACGACCGAUCCUAUCAAGUUGUCAACUCUAAUGCGAAUCAGCGUAUUGAGCUCAGUGACGUGGUUUUUGGCCAGAUCUCCAGUUCUUUGAAACUGGCGACGGAAUAUGUUGCUAAAGCGGAUUUGCCACUAUUGGAGAUUGCCACACAUUUCGGUGAAGAUUUCCAUUAG